AAUGGCUAAGAUAGGAAAGAUGGAAUUUUCGUCAUAGUACCACUUUUCAAUUUUGAGUUUGGUGGUGAAGUAAGCUUUCCUUUUGGUUCCCUGCUUAUGUGCUUGUGGACAUGUUAUGUUCAGCAUGGAGUGUCAUGGUUGUACAUGUUGAUAUAGCUCCUAUCACACAAUAUUAAACAGCAUCUGCAGAGAAGACUAUAGGACAAGGAGGUGACAUUCUAAAAAUGACUGUUAUUUUUUUUAAUUUUCCUCAAUGCAGUGUUGAGCCACAAGAGGGCAGUUAUGGAGUUUUUGUGAAAGAAAGUUUUGCACGAUGUAACUUAAAGACACCUAAUGCAUGUUCAUCAAGUCCCAAGUGUCUAUUUACAACACCACCUCCCCAAAGCUCCUCUGAAUCUCCAGUAAGUCCUUCCUCAAAAGGAAAAGAGAUUGUAGGAAUCUGUAUCGCUGUACUCGUCUGCGUUGGACUAGCUUUUAUUGUGGGAAACUAUAUCUACAGGCAAUUCAAGAAAAAACAAAGGAUUCGCUUUGAAGACUAUGGCUAUUCCAGACUCAAGAUGCUGGAGGACGAUUUUUAUUAUGAUGUUGAGGAUGAUGAUGAAAACACAGGAUUGGUGCAGGCAUAGCUGUUUUACAGUACACUCAGUACAUUUUAUAUGAAUAUCAACGCUGAAAUUUGCGAAAUUUUCAGAAUAUUUUAAGAAUGAACCCGAGGCUGAGAUUUUGAAAAGAAGAUAAUUUUUUGUGCUGAAAAUUUUUAAAUGCAAUACAAUUAUGUGCUUUUAACUUAACCAUAUACGGGGUUCCAGAUAAGUUUUCAAGGUAGGGUGUCAACGAGGAAUUCCAACGGGUCAAUUCCCACUGCUCCCAACAAAUCAUUAUAAAUUUUCUAUUAAUUUUGUCGGGUCAUGUAGCUGAUUUUGUCGGGUUUUUGACCUGAGACCCCUUACUUAUCUGGAUAGGCUCGAUUUCCGCCGUUUUCUCGAGUCCGUCUACGUUUCUGGAGAGCGCGGGCUCUUUUCCCGAACAGCGGCUGGUAAUCGAGCCUAUUAUCUGGAACAUUACAUAUAAAAUUCUUCCUUUCUCUAAAUGGAAAAACUAGCCAAAAGGCAACAAAAACAGCACUAGCCGUAUGCUCGAUGCUAAUACCAUUUCUGCAAGAAGAUAUGUGCAUCAUAUCGUGCUUUAAUUCCUGCAGGCUGGCUCCAAAAUUACUUUAACACAAUCCAGACACCAAAUACAUUCGAAAACAGAAAUGUCAU